AUGGGUGCCGACGACCACGUCGAAACCACUGUGCUUGCAAUCAUCCAGGGUGCAAUCACUCGAGAGUCACGCCCCCCUAACACCCUCAUCUGCAGCCAGAAAAGUUUGUCCAAGCAUGAACUUUCCAAACUCGUUUCACUAUUUCACCUCGAGCGCACAGUUUUGUAUGGCGCCAAACGCCCUGCAGUCACCAAGGCCGCAUGGAAACGUUUCAUGGAGGAGGUCUUCUUGGACUGGAACUCUGCCCAUCGGGUGAACCACGAUCGAGAAAUUCGACCUCGAACGUUUUCCGACUCCAACGUCGAAGUAGGUUUCCUUUCCUGCGAUCAUCCACCCCCCAAGGAGGACCCUGAAUGGGUGGCACCUCGCUGGCGCAGACGAGACAGCAAAGUGUUCCUUGGCCUGACGACCAAGACCCACGGAGACGAAAUAGAGUUCAUUUGGAAAGACAUCAAGGGGGGUUUUGUCAGCUCAUCUAUCGUCACCGUCACGGUCCCUGGCGGAGUUGGCGCGGCUAGGCUUAUGGCUACCGAGAACUAUGACAAAUGCUUGCAGAGGGACUACAAAGAACACAACCACCUUUGUAUUAUCAACGAGGCAAGACGUCGAAUCAAGCACUUUGCCGAACAUGGCACCAUCAUUUUCGCUGCACUUGGCCGCGAACAUCGAAACCCUAUUAUCAAAGAGCCUGAACUCGCCCUCCCAAAGGCCAAGGAGCUUUGCCAAUCCUACGUCAAGUUUCUCGAAUUGAUGGACAAGGCGGAUGCAGGAGAAUCGGGAGCAGGAGAAUCAGAUGAUCGCGAGUCGACUGAGUCUCUCCAGGGAUGA